GGUUCCUGUCGAUCUCCGUCAUAUAUCGGGGCUCCCUGUCCGGUACUGCUGCGGUUGCUAGCUGCUUAGCACACUUUAAAACAAAGUUACUCUAUAUGGUUAGGCGUUUUUUAAUUCAGAAGGUUAAACGUAACGUUAAAAGGGAGUAUACAACAUGCCUGCAGUCUCAAAAGGUGAUGGGAUGCGUGGCCUGGCCGUGUUCAUCUCUGACAUCAGGAACUGUAAGAGCAAAGAAGCAGAGGUCAAGAGGAUAAACAAAGAACUGGCCAAUAUCCGUUCCAAAUUCAAAGGAGACAAGGCUCUAGACGGCUACAGUAAAAAGAAGUACGUCUGCAAGCUCCUCUUCAUCUUUCUCCUGGGCCAUGACAUCGACUUUGGACACAUGGAGGCCGUCAACCUCCUCAGCUCCAACAAGUACACAGAGAAACAAAUCGGGUACCUGUUCAUCUCAGUGCUGGUGAACUCUAACAGCGACCUGAUCAGUCUCAUCAACAACGGCAUCAAGAAUGACCUGGCCAGCCGCAACCCCACCUUCAUGAACCUGGCCCUGCACUGCAUCGCUAAUGUGGGCAGCAGAGAGAUGGCUGAAGCUUUUGCCUCUCAAAUUCCCAGCAUCCUGGUGGCAGGGGACACGAUGGACAGCGUGAAGCAGAGUGCAGCGCUCUGUCUGCUCCGGCUCAACAGGACCUCUCCGGACCUGGUGCCCAUGGGAGAAUGGACCGCACGAGUGGUGCACCUGCUCAACGACCAGCACCUGGGAGUAGUAACAGCAGCCACCAGCCUCAUCACCACUCUAGCCCAGAAGAGUCCUGAGGACUUCAGAACAUCCAUCUCUCUGGCUGUGGCCCGGCUCAGCAGGAUUGUGACUUCAGCAUCCAUCGACCUACAGGACUACACGUAUUACUUUGUUGCUGCACCAUGGCUGUCUGUCAAACUGCUACGCCUGCUACAGUGCUACCCUCCACCUGAGGACGCAGCGCUGCGCAGCCGCCUGACAGAGUGUCUGGAGACCAUCCUCAACAAAGCCCAGGAGCCCCCCAAGUCCAAGAAGGUCCAGCACUCCAACGCAAAGAACGCUGUUCUGUUUGAAGCCAUCGCCCUCAUCAUCCACCACGACAGUGAGCCCACCCUGUUAGUACGAGCCUGCAACCAGCUGGGCCAGUUCCUGCAGCACAGGGAAACAAACCUGCGUUACCUGGCUCUGGAGAGUAUGUGCACGCUGGCCAGCUCCGAGUUCUCUCAUGAGGCGGUGAAGACGCAUAUAGAUACUGUGAUCAACGCUCUGAAGACAGAGCGAGAUGUGAGUGUGCGCCAGCGGGCCGUGGAUCUGCUCUACGCCAUGUGUGACCGCAGCAACUCCAAGCAGAUAGUGGCGGAGAUGCUGAGCUACCUGGAGAACGCAGACUACUCCAUCAGAGAGGAGAUAGUGCUCAAGGUGGCUAUCCUGGCUGAAAAAUAUGCUGUAGACUACACCUGGUACGUGGACACCAUUCUGAACCUCAUCCGCAUCGCGGGGGACCACGUCAGCGAGGAGGUGUGGUAUCGAGUCAUCCAGAUCGUCAUAAACCAAGACGAUGUCCAAGGAUACGCCGCAAAGACAGUCUUUGAGGCACUGCAGGCUCCAGCCUGCCACGAGAACCUGCUGAAGGUGGGGGGUUACAUCCUCGGAGAGUUUGGAAACCUUAUUGCUGGGGACCCACGCUCCAGCCCUCUGGUCCAGUUCAACCUCCUCCACUCUAAGUUCCACCUGUGCUCGGUGCCGACCCGGGCCCUGCUGCUGUCCGCCUACAUCAAGUUCAUUAACCUGUUUCCAGAAGUGAAGCCCACCAUCCAGGACGUGCUGCGCUCAGACAGCCAGCUGCGCAAUGCUGACGUGGAGCUGCAGCAGAGAGCCAUCGAGUACCUGAGGCUCAGCUGCAUCGCCAGCACUGACAUACUGGCCACGGUGCUAGAGGAAAUGCCUCCGUUCCCAGAGAGAGAGUCCUCCAUCCUGGCCAAGCUGAAGAAGAAGAAGGGCCCCGGCAAGGUACCCGACAUGGACGAGGCCCGCUGGAAUGUCAACGGCAACACGGAGCACAGCGAGAACACGGAACCAACCAACAAGUCUUCUCCUCCUUCUCUGGUGGCAGACCUGCUUCCUACCAACAGACCCCGUCCUGCCUCCUAUAGUCCCACAAUCCUCUCUGCUGGGAACAUGGCCCCCAGCCACCCGUUCACAGACCUGCUGAACAUGAACUCCAGCCCUGCAGCUGGAGCUAGUCUGUUAGUGGACGUCCUGUCAGACCUCUCCUCCCCCGCACCCACCCCCACCACCGGACCCGGACCCGGACCCACUGAUGUGUGCGAGGAACACUUCUCCAGGUUUGUUUGUAAGAACAACGGUGUUAUCUUUGAGAACCAGCUGUUGCAGAUCGGACUGAAGUCUGAGUACAGGCAGAACCUCGGUCGCAUUUACGUGUUCUACGGCAACAAGACAUCUUCCCAGUUCCUCAGCUUCUCCUCAUCAGUGACAAGCAGCGACACACUCAAGACUCAGCUGAACGUCCACACUAUGCCAGUGGACCCCACAGUGGAAGGGGGGGCUCAGCUCCAGCAGAUCCUCAACAUCGAGUGUUUGUCAGACUUCUCAGACACACCGGUCCUCAACGUCCAGUUCAGAUACGGGGGAACUCUUCAGAACAUCGCAGUGAAACUCCCUGUGAUGCUCAACAAGUUUUUCCAGCCCACGGAGAUGACAUCAGAAGACUUCUUCCAGCGCUGGAAGCAGCUCGGAGUUCCUCAGCAAGAGGUCCAGACAAUCUUCAAAGCCCAACACCCCAUGGACACAGACGUUACCAACGCCAAGGUACAAAAAACUGCUUCACUGUACCUGAAACCACUGUGUGGGGGGGGUGUAGGACUCAUCUUGAAAUGCUGUAAUGUGAGCGGUUUCACCACUCGAGAGACUCUGAACAGAUCAUUUAACGGUUCACUGAAUUUAUAGCAGCUACAGUAGUUUUGUA